AUGAGGGCACACAACGCAGUAUGGAUCUUCGCGGCAGCGGUGGGGAAUCGAUACGCUCGUUGGUAUGCAAGCUUUCGUCAAACUCUACCUGAAUUGGAGCGGCGUACGCGUGACAUAACCUUCUUGUGUGGCCGUGGCGGUGAUAAAAUUCGGGACGCUUGGCGUGACAUUGGGCCGGAGGAACGCGCACGUCUAAUCCAAGCAACAUCGGAUUCCAGUUUCCCCAAUGAUACGUACGGCAUCAUGGACGAACGUAAGGCUUACCCAGGACAACGAAAGAAGACUCGAGUGACUGAUCAGCCGAUGCCAACCCUGCCUGUACAGCAUGAUACUCAGCUGCAAACACGAUUCGCAGAGAUGGAGCGCGCGCGUAACAACUACUACACCGUGCUGAGCAAAGAGCAGGAUCUCCGAAUCCACGCAGCUUACAAUGGCGGGAGUAUGGUCGGUAUUAUCGAAGCUGCUGUGGCCGGUGCGCAGAACGCGGUCGUCUUGGCCAGAAUCAAGGACAAACCUAAGACAGUGGAGGACGCGUUUUCCGCCGUCGCACUUCGCCUGGACGAUGUACUGGCGGUUCUAAUGGGAACCGCUCAGUUCGAACCGAACCCUGAGUACGAUCAACCCGAUCCAAGGUUUGCUGCGGCGCGGAUUAGACGCGCAAAACGACGAUAUGAUUAUACCCAAAGCGCCCUGUACAAGCUUUGUGUUGAGCUUGGAGCGGAUGAACCUGGUGAGAUCGUCAUCGGGAAUCGUACGAGCCGAUUCUUUGGGAGAUUUUAA